CUAAAAAUGGCGUCCCCGCGUGAGGAGAGCGUGUACAUGGCCAAGCUGGCGGAGCAGGCCGAGCGCUAUGACGAGAUAGUCGAGUUCAUGGAGAAGGUCGUCAGCGUCAACAGCGACGAACUCUUCAUGGAGGAGCGCAACCUUCUCUUCGUCGUCUACAAGAACGUCAUCAGCGCCGCCCGCCAAGCCUCCUGGCGUAUCAUCUCCUCUAUCGAGCAGAAGGAGGAGAGCUAUGGCAACGAGAGACAUGUCUCCUCCAUCAAGAGCUACAGAUAUAAGAUCGAGUCAGAGCUCUCCUCCAUUUACGACGACAUUCUCAAACUCCUGGACACCAAACUCAUCGGAUCCGCCUCUAACGAAGAUUCCAAAGUCUUCUACCUGAAGAUGAAGGGUGAUUGCCACCGCUACUUGACGGAGUUUAAGAUCGGAACGGAGCGCAAAGAAGCCGCCAAGAACACUCUCUUCGCCUACAAGUCUGCUCAGGUGGGUGAUCACCAUCCUCCUAAUCAGAUCGCUUCCGUUAGGCAUGGCGGCGUCCGCCAAAAACCAAUUUACUCACAGAUGGAACAACAAAACAGCAAAGCAACUUCUCCUACAAAAACCUCUAUAGUUAAUUAG